GUCGGUUGGUUGGGAUUUGGUGGCGUGAAGUGGACACGAGAGGAUUUGCCCCCUUCAUUCUCCUCCUCUUGUCUUUUACUUAACGGCCCACCGAAACAGCAGCUCAUCAACAUCCGCGAGUUUCUCGUGUGCGUGUGUGUAUGUUGUGUGUCGGGGGGCAGUGCGUCCCUUAUCAGCUCGCGGGCUUUUAGUUUAGAAGACUGCGGCCGUACGCAGUCUCUCGUGGUGGUGCUUGGUGUGUGCCGAUCCGCUAGUACACACCAGCAAUCCGCUGGGCACGCAUACAUACACGCGUGCCCACGCACACACUAUCGGUCGGUCGUCGGCACACGCGAUACACUAUUUGUGCUCGGUUGGUGACGACGGUGUUGGCUGGCAGGGCAGGCAGAUAGGGCAGUAGUGGAACGGUGCUAGUGGUCUUCGGAACAGGGGUGUUUAUUCGGUUCGUACCAGAUGAGUGACAGUAAGUGUGGCAAGAACUACUUCUACUCUCUAGGCAUUAAGUACGAAGUGGACAUGAAGAUGGAACCGUCGAGCCCACCAGAGAAGGACCGCAGUCUCUACUCGCGCUGCUCGAGCGCUGGCAGCAUCCACACCCCCACCUCAUCGGCCCACAACUCGGAGGAUGAGGAGGACUCCGGGGAUAACAAGAGCAGCAGCACGAUGAGCUAUAAGGAGCGGCGCCGCGAAGCCCACACGCAGGCCGAACAGAAGCGGCGCGAUGCAAUCAAGAAAGGUUACGAUUCACUGCAGGAGCUCGUACCAACCUGCCAGCAGACCGACGCGUCCGGCUACAAGCUCAGCAAGGCGUCGGUGCUGCAGAAAUCGAUCGACUACAUCGGCUACCUGUUGCAGAACAAGAAGAAGCUCGAGGACGAACGGGCGUCGCUGCAGAAGGAGGUGAUGGCGCUGCGGAUCAUACAGAAGAACUACGAGCACAUGCUGCAGCACCAGCAAACGUCGCCUGGCCGGACCGAGGCGCGGCUGAGCGAUGACGUCAAGUUUCAGGUGUUCCGCGCGAUCAUGGACGAGAUGUUCCUCACGUUCGAGCAGCUGCCAAUGAGCGAUUUUGCCGAGCUGACGUCUGGCGUGAUACCGUGGCUGGAGGAGCACUGCAAACCGCACCUACUGCGCGACGUCGUCAACCGGAUGCUGACCAAUAUUACGACCUCGUACGCGGUGCAGAGUGCUGCGCAGUCACAGGACAUACUGAUGGGUGGUACUGCGACCACGAACACACCCACCAGCAGUAGCAGCAGCAGCGAGAUGAGCACGAUGUAAUGCUGCUUGCUACUGCUACCGCGCACGAUGUUCGCCGACGCCUUCGACGAAUGUGAAGCCAGGAAAUCCAGUCAGGCAGACAAUACCGGGAACGUGCAUUAUAUAGGUGAAGUAAGGCGGGAUAAACUAAGAUUACAGUACAAGAAGUAGUGCAGAAAGUCAAGAGCUGUGACUCUGACUACAAAAACGGGGUAGGGUGGGGAAACCUCUGGAUGCCAGGGACGUAAUUAUUGUACAGACGUGAAGAGGUGCACAUCACAAAACGGUAGAGCCCUGGUGCUGGGUAGCUCUUUAGUAGCCGAAUUCAACAGCGAGCGAGCGAGUAGUAUAUUUACAACCUUCGAGUGCAAUAGAACGAACAGGUUUUAGCAAAACGAUGUAUAAGAACAGAUAAAGGGCAAGAUACAGCAGGAAAUGCAUCGAGAAAAUGGUACAAUACGU